GUCAAGGGAUAACCCAGCCAUUCAACAGGGUUGAAAUCUUUAGGCUUACCCUCUGAUCUGGUGGAUCAGAGGCACAUUUUCCAGAAGUGUGAAGGGGAGCUGAAGCGCUUUUGCAAGAAGCCUUCGGAAAUUCCUGGAAGGAGCUAUGGAGAACGAAGGGGGAGGCACUCGGUGGAUAAGGCAAGUCCUUCUCUUUGUUUUGCUGGGAAUGUCUCAGGUGGGCUCUGAGCCUGGGCGCUUUUCAGUGGCUGAGGAAAUGCAGAGCGGGAGCUUUGUAGGCAAUUUGGCAAAGGACUUGGGACUGGAAGUGGGUGAGCUGUCUUUGCGGGAAGCCCGGGUGGUCUCUAAUGAUAACAAACAGCGUUUGCAGCUGAACACAAACACUGGGGAUUUGCUCUUAAGCGAAACGCUAGACCGGGAGGAGCUCUGCGGCUCCACGGAGCCUUGUGUACUGUAUUUCCAGCUGUUAAUGAAAAAUCCCAUGCAGUUUUUACGGAUUGAACUUGAGGUCAGGGAUAUAAAUGACCACUCUCCUGUAUUCUUGGAAAAAGAAAUGCUUCUAGAAAUCCCAGAGAAUAGUCCUGUUGGUGCAGUGUUCUUGCUAGAAAGCGCAAAGGAUUUAGAUGCAGGAGUCAAUGCUGUAAAAAGCUACACAAUAAGCCCCAACUCUCAUUUCCACAUUAAAAUGAGAGUCAAUCCAGACAAUAGGAAAUACCCAGAGUUAGUUCUGGACAAUGCUCUGGAUUAUGAAGAGCAGCCUGAGCUCAAAUUCAUCCUCACUGCUCUAGAUGGCGGGUCCCCUCCCAGGUCUGGGACUGCCUUUGUUCUGGUGAUGGUUGUGGACAUUAAUGACAACAGCCCCCAGUUUGAGAAGACGUUUUAUGAGGUGACUAUUCCAGAAAACAAUGUCCUUGGCUCGCUAGUUGUUACCGUCUCAGCCUGGGAUUUAGACUCAGGAAUAAACGGGGAAAUAUCAUAUUCCUUUUCCCAUGCCUCCGGAGAUAUUCGCAAGACAUUUGAAAUUAAUCAAAAGUCAGGAGACGUUAGGUUAAAAGCAUCCUUGGAUUUUGAAGCAAUUGAUUCAUACUCAAUAAUCAUUCAAGCCACAGAUGGGGGAGGACUUUUUGGAAAGUCAACAGUCAGAAUUCAAGUGAUGGAUGUGAAUGACAACGCUCCUGAAAUCGCCGUAUCUUCAAUUACCAGUCCAAUCCCAGAAAACUGGCCUGAAACUGUGGCUAUGGUUUUCAGCAUCCGAGACAAAGACUCUGGGGAAAAUGGAAAGAUGGUUUGUUCUAUCCCAGAAGACCUCCCAUUCCUGCUAAAAUCUUCAGUUGAGAAUUACUACACGUUGGAAACGGAGAGACCACUAGACAGAGAAAGCCAAGCUGAGUACAACAUCAUCAUCACUGUCACUGACCUGGGGACACCAAGGCUGCAAACCCAGCAAAACAUAACAGUGCUGGUCUCUGACAUCAAUGACAACGUCCCCGCCUUCACCCAAACCUCCUACACUCUGUUCGUCCGCGAAAACAACAGCCCCGCCCUGCACAUAGGCACCAUCAGCGCCACAGACAGAGACUCAGGCACCAACGCCCAGGUCACCUACUCCCUGCUGCCACCUCAGGACCCCCACCUGCCCCUCGCCUCCCUGGUCUCCAUCAACGCAGACAACGGACACCUGUACGCCCUGAGGGCGCUGGACUUCGAGGCCCUGCAGGCGUUCGAGUUCCCCGUGGGCGCCACAGACCGAGGCUCCCCCGCGCUGAGCAGCGAGGCGCUGGUGCGCGUGGUGGUGGUGGACGCCAACGACAACUCGCCCUUCGUGCUGUACCCGCUGCAGAACGGCUCUGCGCCCUGCACCGAGCUGGUGCCCAGGGCGGCCGAGGCGGGCUACCUGGUGACCAAGGUGGUGGCGGUGGACGGCGACUCGGGCCAGAACGCCUGGCUGUCGUACCAGCUGCUCAAGGCCACGGAGCCCGGGCUGUUCAGCGUGUGGGCGCACAAUGGCGAGGUGCGCACCGCCAGGCUGCUGAGCGAGCGCGACGCGGCCAAGCACAGGCUGCUGGUGCUGGUGAAGGACAAUGGCGAGCCUCCGCUGUCCGCCAGCGUCACGCUGCACGUGCUGCUGGUGGACGGCUUCUCCCAGCCCUACCUGCCGCUCCCGGAGGCGGCGGCGGAGCAGGCCCAGGCCGACUCGCUCACCGUCUACCUGGUCAUCGCCUUGGCCUCGGUGUCCUCGCUCUUCCUGUUCUCGGUGCUGCUGUUCGUGGCGGUGAGGCUGUGCAGGAGGGACGGGGCGGCCUCGGUAGGUCGCUGCUCGGUGCCUGAGGGCCACUUUCCGGGCCACCUGGUGGAUGUUAGUGGCACUGGGACUCUGUCCCAGAGCUACCAGUAUGAGAUAUGUCUGACUGGAGACUCUGGAACAAAUGAUUUCAAAUUCCUGAAACCGAUUAUCCCCAACCUCCCACCCCAGUGCCCAGGAAAAGAAAUGGAGGAAAAUCUUACCUUCCCCAGCAGCUUUUAG